AUGUUGGUGGCAUUUCGAGGAAGAUGCAAGUUCAAAGUGUACAUGCCAAAAAAGCCAACCAAAUAUGGCAUAAAAAUUCAAUGUCUCACGGAUGCACGGUCUGGUUACCUACUCAAUGUACAUAUAUAUGUGGGCAAACAUUCCGAUAGUCAGAAUUUAACAGCAGAAUAUCAAGAGAUUCAAGAUUUUUCAAAGGCUAAAGAAGUUGCAGUGAGGGAGAACUGGUCCGUGAGAUUACCUGAAUACGCUGCAGAAGUAUAUGACGAAUCUAAGGAGGAUAUAGCUGAAUCCUGUCCCAUUGCAAAACAGACUGUUCCUCAUCUUGAAGACCCCUGGGCACUGUUAGAAGAGUCAAAUGGAUAG